UCCAAAACACAAACAACUCGCACCUCACCUCGCCAUCUUAUUUGCAACACAACAACCGCUCACGAGUACAACAAACACUAGCCUUCUACUUUUCUCUUGCUUGACUUGCAUAAGACAACCCAAAUCGUAAAACACAAUCCGACUUUAUUGAGCACUUUCCCCAGCCUGCGCAUUACCACCUUUUCUCCUGCGCCCGCCCGACAAUCUGUUGCCGUCGCGACCUGUCGCAAAUCGCAAAACCAGCGCAUCGUCCCAAACAACAGACGAAAGACAACAUAACAAUAGCACUUCUAUUCGGAACAAGCGCAGUCAAAAUGCUUCUCCCCUCUGCAGUCUCCUGCGACAGCAAUAACGGCUACGUCGCGUCGUCGCAAGCCUACCGUCUCCAGCCCGCGGCGCAAUUCGCCUCACCACCCAGCAGCCCACCGCCGACCGGGCUUGGCCUCAACAACCUCUUCGCGACCUGCCGUAGCCUGCAGGCUCUCCUCGCCGCCCCCGCCCCGAGCCUCCUGGCCACUCCUCCCCAGAUCAUCCCGCAAAAGGCACUCGUCCGCAGCACCAGCAACAACAACAACGGCCAACUCCCCAGCCCUCCACUCACACACGCGCCGUCGCCCCUUAAGCUGCGUCUGCGUCCGCGCAAGCCUGCAGCAUCGACGGACAGCAAAAGCACCACAAACAUGCACAACACAGAGACGCCUCGCAGGCGAAAGGUCGUCAAGCGCGCCCCGCCGCCGCCGCCACCACGCGGCGCCAACAAGAGGCGUCGCAGCGACCAGGACGACGAUGUGUCGUCGGAGAGCGAGGCGGAAAACCACAACGAUGAAGACUUGAUCAUGACAGCAGCUCCACAGACGCCAAAGCGCGCGCGCAUCGCGCCGGCCAUCGUUCCUCUCGGCCUUGAGCGGGCCGACUUUCACAACGUGCACGAGCCCCAACAGCAACAGCAGGGCCGCGAUGGCACCGAGGUCGAGGUCGAGGCGGACGGCGAGGAGUGGAGCGCCGAGGACGACAGGAUCCUGGUGGAGCUGGUGCUCGAGAAGCUCAGGCUCUCCAAAGAGGAGUGGCAGGACUGCGCCAGGAGCAUGGGCAGGGACAAGGCCAGCCUCGGGAGGAGGUGGAAGAGCUUGAUGGCGCACGGCGACGUCGGCCUCAAGAGCAGCAGCAGGAGUCGACGUGGGCGCAUCCAUGGGACGUGGAGGUAUCUAGCUCGUCUAGCAAAGUCCAGGUAG